UCGCUUGAUUGUCGCGCGGCUAGCCAAUCCAAGCCACCGGCCUGUGGCAAUCUGCAGCAUGAAUCGGACUUGUCCAGUUCCCCUUUGGCUGCCUCUUUGACCCCCAACAUGAACGUUUGAUACGCGUACCUUGUUUCCUGGUCCAAUCCCUUUGACGGGGGAUGUGAGCAGCCGUGGGUGUUUGAUCAAUAGCAGCCGAAGCCUCAAUUCACACAAUCAUGGCUGCUACCUUAGUAGCUCAGCCCACGGGUCGCCAGCCACAUGCGCCCAAACUCUUCUCCUCUUCUACGACCUACUAAUCUCUCGUUUGCCGUAUUAGAAGUGCAUCCUGGCGAUACCUUCUUUCAUACCAGUCACCAUGGCUAAUCUGUUAAGAUUCGCCGUCCUUAUACCCCUGAUAUUCUCCCUUGUCGCCUUUGUCUUGACAAACCUUGCGUUAUUCGCCGGUCAUCAGAAGGGCUUCAUGGAGGAAUAUGCCGUCAUCAGGCUAAACGCAUCCAGGCUGGGCCAAGACAUGUUCCAAAGUGACGACAGCUCAGACAGCAGCAGCAACGACGAUGACGACUCGGAGAGCAUCUGGGACAAGAUCACAGACAAGGUCGACGAUCUCAAGGACGACGUCAAGGGCAAGAUCAACGACAUCGCGGGCGACCUGGCGGAGGACCUCGCCGACGAGCUGGGCAUCGACGACUGGUACUCGCUCCACAUCAUGAACGCCUGCAUGGGCAGCUUCGGGCCCAACGCGACGACGUCGCAUUUCAAGCUCAACACCACCAACUGCACGUCGUCGUCUCCAGCCAACCGCUUCAACCUGACCGCCAUCCUGGACCAGCAGCUCUCCAUCGGCCCGCUCGACAUCAACCUCGCCGACAUCCACUGGCCCGGCUCGAUCCAGAGCAGCAUCGACACGCUCAACGGCGCCCUGCUGGCCCUCUUCGUCUUCUACGUCCUCGGCGUCGGCUUCAGCGGCCUCGCCAUGCUGGCGUGCAUCCCCGCAUUCCUGCUGCAGGACAAGAGGCUCGUCCUCAUGGUCAACGGCGCCCUGGCGCUGCUGGCCGCCGCCACAAUUACCCUCGGCAGCAUCAUCGCCACGGCCGCGUCCGCCGUCGCCGUGAGCGCCAUCAACGACAAGGGCGAGCCCGUCACCCUCGUGGCCACCCAGGGGACCAAGUUCUACGGCUUGACCUGGGCCGCCGCGGCGCUCAUGAUCGUGUCGGCGCUCUUCUGGGUGGGCAAGUUUGCCUUCCUGUGGAAGAGGGAGAAGAGGGAGCGGGAGAGGUACUCCAAGGAGAGGUUCUAAAUUGUUGGCCUUUUUUUUAAACCUGGUGCUGGCGCUGGGGGGACGAGUAUUUCGGCCAUAUAAUACUUUGUUUGCUCAGUUAUUGUGAGCAUGGCUGGUCUACAGGCGGCUGAAG